UUAAAGCAUUUUGAACACUGAUCAUAUUUAUGUCUAAAUUAGUGGCAUUUCUAACCGAAACUACAUGAUUGUUCACUGCGGUAUAACCUGAACGUUAGUUAAACUUCACGAGAAAGGAAACGUUAGUGCCAGAGGCUAGACAUUCAUUACGUGGUGUUUUCAUCGGUUUUGGGCCUACUAAAGGGAGUUAUUGAAAAAUACUAAUUGAACACUUUGACUCCACUUCCUGCAGUCUGUUGUGCUAUAAUAAUAAUAAGAAGAUGCACUGACGACUGGAUCCCGCAACAAACCCUGUCCAAUGAUGAUCUGCGAAAUUGUCGUUGUGCGCCAUCCUGUUUCUGUGUGUGUACCUGUGAACCACAAGGUGACUGUGAGUGUCCGUGCUGAGGGAACAGGUAUCCUCAACUACCAGUGGUUCACUGAUGAAAAGGAGGUGUCUGGAGGCACUGAAGCAGACUUGACCAUCAAAGCUAAAAAAACUCAGCUCUAUGUGUGUCGAGUGAAUGACCGCUUUUGUAACUGGGUGUUCAGCGACUGGGUGAAAGUGAAGGUGUUGGACAUUGAUAAAUCAGGGUUGCCAGAAAACUGGCUGGGUGAGCCACACAUUGCUGUCAACCCUAAACCCCAGACAGUCCGACAAGGUACGAAACUCACUCUCCGCUGCGCUGCCUUUGGCAUCCCCACUCCCCACUAUCAGUGGUACAGAAAUGGACAGCCGCUGCAGGACAAGACUAGUGGCAUGCUGCAGAUCGACCGUGCAACAGCCGAACAUAAAGGAUCAUACCUGUGCUCCAUAUCUAACGUGCUAGAGGAGACGUGGGCUGAACCAAUCGAUGUUGACAUUGUGCAAACUGAUCAGCUUCCCCCUGCAGCACCCACAGCCACUGAUAAAGUUGCCUUACUCAUUGGCAACUUGAAUUACUCCAAUCACCCUCCCUUAAUGGCCCCCAUUAUGGAUGUACAUGAGUUGGCCAACCUCCUGCAGCAGCUUGGCUACAGAGUGGUUUCCCUGCUGGAUCUCACCAGGGAGGAGAUGCUGGCGGCUAUUGAGAAGUUCAUUCAGCUCCUUGACAGAGGAGUUUAUGGCCUUUUUUACUAUGCGGGUCAUGGAUAUGAGCGUGCUGGGAGGAAUUACUUGGUGGCUGUCGAUGCUCCCCAACCGUACCGGCCUGAAAACUGUGUCUGUGUGCAGAGGGUCAUGCUCAGUAUGCAGCAAAGACGGACUGCACUCAGUGUAAUUCUUCUGGAUACCUGUAGAAAAUGGUACAACCAGGAUUGCAUAGCUUCAGGCAUCAUGCCAUUGGGACCCAGUGGGAACACCGUUUACGGUUAUGCCACAUGUGAAGAUGCUGAGGCGUACGAGGUCCAGGAUGGAGGGAAAAGUACUGGAAUCUUCACUAAAUACUUGAACAAGCACAUCCUGCAGACCGAGAAAGUCACACAUGUCUUAGAGAAGGUGUCCGAGGAUCUAAGCAGAGACCCUCUAGUCAAAGGCAAGCAGCAGGUGGAGAUCAAACACACCCUGAAGGAACCUCGAUCCCUUGCAGACCCAGUUCGGACCACCGGCCACACAAGGGAGCUUCACCAGCGAGAGGCCUGCUGGAGACAAGCAAAUGAGCUACCACCGAAGAAGAGGCUGAAGUUUGCUUGCGGAGUAGAAGUGGAAGUCAGCUUCUCAGCUUUGUUCUCUAAUGUCUUGGUGGCUUUUGCCACUGUAAAGACUAAAGGCCUCCGAACCCAGGACUGCACCGUCACCCUGAGUAGCAUACCUCCAAUGGAAGACAUAUUUUCCAGCCCUGGCAGGUCAGAGGAGAUGGACUCUCUACUAUUUAGUAAAUCUGAAAACACGGACUGUACUCUGCGACUUUGUGCUCUUCAAAAGCUUACGAAGACGCUGGUCAUCAAGGUGGAUCUACACUAUACUCACAUGGACAGUAAGCUGCGCCAGACAGAAAGCCAACAGGUGGACAUAGGAAGGCCUCUGGUGGCCUUCUGUAAACUGUACACGAGGAAUCAUGGGACAACAGCCAAGGAACAAGAAGGUUCUUCCGCUCAAAGUAUGGGCAACAUGUCAAGCAGCAAACCACGGCUGCAUCAGACUCCAGCUGGUCCAUGUCGCCCUUUCACCAGAAAGGCAGAUUGUGCUGCUGAAGUUGCAGUUUCAAGGAGCAACGAACCUGAAGAGAACGAUGAAAAUGAACUGCAAGACAUCACUCUUCGGCACUAGACCUUGCUGGUCAUUUUGUAAAUACUAGUUUGAAAUUGUGAUGCUGAAUCAUGCAUCGAAAUCAUCUGUGGUUAAUGGUAAUGAUGAAUGACUGGGGUUUGUGUUUGGUUUGCGUUACCAGCCAUCAAUUAACACUUAACUACUCUUCAAAGCCACAGAUUUUCAUUGUACAUUGUAAAAUACUUUUACAUCAGUGAUGAGCUGGCUAGCCUAAUUUAACAAAUAAAGACUAAUAUUACUGUUAAUAACUUAUCUAAUAAAGACCACUACUUUCCUUAUUUGAUUCUCAGUCUUUGGAAACAUGCCAUUCUGUUGCUAGCUUAGUCAAAUAAAAUAUGUAAAUGGAUUACAAAGUUGUAUUGUUGAAUAGACUACAAGUAAACUAACCAUCAACAAAAUGAAUACUGUAUGAUGCUGAAUUCUGGUUUGUUUAAAACCUGAGGGAGUUCCUUGAGGUAAGAAGUGCGUGCCUGCUUCUUUUGACUAGCUAACGUUGAAUUGCAUGAGUUCAGACGAAAUGUAUUAAUAGUUUUGUCCAAUAACCAGUUCAAAUAAAAAAUAUCAUCCUU